CUGAAAACGACUGCGUUUCGGUGUUUACUCUCCAACUUCGUCUCCGUUGGUGUUUGAGGAGCCGCCGUGACCUGGUUUUGUUGGGAGCGGAACCUUAACCGGCGAAUUGGGAAAUUCGUGAACUUCUGAUCCUAAGAUUAUGGAAACCAUGGAAGCAGCUCCAUCUCCUCCUUUUCAAUCUCCAUCUCGUUCCAGUCAACAACAGUUGCACUUCUACCUCGCCGUGGAUCGUCCCCAAUUCAAAAUGGAGACAGUAGUGGAGUUAUUGGGGGUUCUAGGUCGUCGUCCAUGGCUUCCCAUUGUAGUUUGUUGCAGCUCUCGUGAUGAACUUGACGCCCUCUGCUCUUCUUUAUCCACCUCUCCUUACAUUUCAUUAGCCGCUUUGUACAGCGAUCUGGCAGAGAGAGAACGAGCUAUGGUUAUAGAGAAAUUCAGGCGAGCAACAACCAACUGGAACCAGCAACUUAACUCUGUAGUAGAAGAAGGUUUGGACGAGAGUGAAACUGGAAAAGAAGCGAAGAAAUCUCAUUUGGUUGUUGUGACGGAUGUUUGUCUUCCCUUACUCUCAUCUGGAGAAUCUCCUCUUUCCGCACGCGUUCUUAUAAACUAUGAGCUUCCUACAAAGAAGGAAACAUAUACAAGGCGUAUAACAACUUGCUUAGCUCCAGGUGGUAUUGUCAUAAACAUGGUUGUUGGAGGUGAAGUCACGACUCUCAAAAGCCUCGAGGAAAGCAGCGGCAUUAUCAUCGCAGAGAUGCCAAUCAAUAUUUCUGAAAUCUUGUAACAAUGCAUGGACGAUCUGAAGGAUACCGUCUAACCGGGGUUUAACGGGACUUCUCAAGAGAAAUCAUUAGAUUAUGCCACUGCACCUUUAGCUAUUGAGUUGUUCACCUUUGUCUAAAACGCUGCGUUUUGGACAGUUCUUGCAAGAAAAACCGAACAUUUGGAUAAAGGUAUACGUGAUUGAAUCUAUCAUCUAAGUGAUUGUCAUUGUAGUUGAAUCACGGUUAUUAUGUAAUUAUCAAAUUUAUAAUCUUGUCAGAUUUGUUUUAUACGUGUUAGUUUCUAUAAAGGCUAACAUUUAGACCCCC